ACACACGCCGGUAGAGACGUCAGGAUUGGACGCAGCAGGGGAUCCCCAGCUUCCCGUUUCUGCCUCGCUUGGCGUAUCAUCAUCUUUUAGCAGGAGGAGAUGAGCUGGCGCACACUUGCAGAGGGCAGCAAUAACAGAGGACAGUCUUUUUUUACCGGAGCACACUCUCGCCUCUUCUCUCUCUAUUCCCCCGUUUCCCGUUCCUGUUGUGCACAGUCUGGUGCUCCUGUAGCCGGCGCGUGCGCCAGGCUGCCGUGACGACGCGAGCAGAGAGCAAAGGGGAAAGGUGUUUCACCACCUGAGCGAUUUAUUUUCCAAAAGAAAAGGAAGCUUUGGGCGAGCAAACACAAAGGUUUGAUAGACUCUGUGACAGUUUGGCGGUAGUUUCUCUGCUGUGGACACAGGCGAGUCCACCCUGCGUGUGUCUCCAGGAGCAACGCUUCACUUGUGCGUUGUUCUGAUAGCCGCGCCGCGCUGCCUCGUAUUGUAUUUUCGAGCCUCUCUCUCCACACACACACACACACACUCACACACACACACACAGUGCACUCCACGGCUGAAAAAAAGCAAACAAACAAAACGGUUUUUUUUCCGGUCUUUCUCAUUGAGAUCAUUUGGAAUACUCGUUUAGAAACGUGACUAAAAUAGUGAAAACGAGGAUGCAGCAAAUGUGUUUUUUCUGAUUGCGCAGUUUUCUUUUAUCGCCGAGAUUGAAGUCGACAAGCUGCACAACUGGAAGAAGUUUUUUUGUGGGGGAAAAAAAGUGGAAAAAAAAACAAGCGGCAACAGCACGACGGCUGUGAAAUAAGAGAUGAGGAUCCUCGCACUGGGACGGACAGAUGCUGUAACCAGAUGCUUUCCAUCAGACUGCAGGCGCCUAAGAUAGAGACAGGGAGCAGACACACACAAGAUUUGGAAGCACAGAGGGGAAUGAAAUAUCUUGGCUGCAGACCAGGGCCAUUCUACUACUAGACCACUCAACAAGUUGGUGGAGUCCGACAAUCUGUCUCUCUCUCCGUCUGGCGUGCUCUCUCUGUUUUCUUCAUUUAUCUCUUUCCACCUCCCUUGUCUGUCUGCCUAUUUAUAUUUCUAUUUGUGCAGCUGAACAACAGCAUGCCUGAAUGUUUUCCAGCAGCACAAGCAGAAGCAUUAUGGAAGUGAAAGAGCGACGUCCAUACUGUUCACUAUCCAAGAGCCGCAAGGAGAAGGAGGGACCACACACUGGUUCAUCAGGGGACAGUGAAGACUGUGCCAUUGGUUCCCAAGGACUCCGUGUCCCCACUCAGAAGUCCUACUCCUCCAGUGAAACACUUAAGGCCUUUGACCAGCACCAAGACCAGACCAGGUUGCUGUAUGGAACGACCAAGGGACAGAAGGACAUGGUUCACCAAGAGCAAGAUGACUAUAACAGACAAGGUCAACAUUUCAGGCUUCGUCAGCUGGGAGUCUGUGAGCCACCAUCACGUCGUGGCUUGGCAUUCUAUUCUGAGAUGGGCCUGUCCCACCGUGGCUUCUCAGUCGGUACCACUCAAGAUCUUGACGGCGAUAGUCAGGCUGUGAUGUCACCAGAGUGUGCCAUGAGGCUGUGGGGCCACGGGGGGUUGAGCAAAUCAUCAGGGAGGAGUUCCUGCCUGUCCAGCCGCUCCAAUUCAGUGCUUACUCUUACUGACACCGAGCAUGAGAACAAGUCAGACAGUGACAACGGUUCUCCAAUGCCCUCUCCCUACUGUCCAUCAUCUGUCAUUGACCAGUCACAUCCACAAUCAGCCAAUCCACAUGACAGCCUGUUGUUAGGUGACGUGGCUGAGCCAGAUUCAGAGGAAGAGGAAGAGGAGGAGGAGGAAGAAGAGGAAGAGGAUUAUUCAGCUCGAUUGUACUUACCUGUAACUCAUGAGCAACUAUCCAAUCACCACGGCUCCACCCUGCCUCCAGUACCUCCCCUUCACCGCCCGCAGCCCUCAAUUACAGCUCUCAACCAAUCCUUGGGCUCCACGCACCACGCGGGCCAAUCCCUGAACCCAACUCAGCAGCUAACCCCUCCCACUGGAAGCCCGGCCCCCGUGGCCGGCCAAUCACCAGCCGAGCUGCAGACCACACCACCCGAAAGCGUCCCGCUGCAAGACAGCUGGGUGCUGGGUAGCAAUGUGCCUCUGGAAACAAGGCACUUCCUCUUCAAGACAGGUACAGGCACCACCCCCCUCUUCUCCACGGCAACCCCAGGCUACACUAUGGCAACAGGCUCAGUGUACUCCCCACCCACCAGGCCAUUGCCAAGGAAUACCUUGUCCCGCUCUGCCUUCAAAUUCAAGAAAUCCUCCAAGUACUGCUCAUGGAGGUGUACAGCCCUCAGUGCGGUAGCACUAUCUGUACUGCUCUCUGUCCUGCUCUGUUACUGCAUAGCUAUGCACCUGUUUGGUCUCAACUGGCAACUUCAGGAGAGUGAGGCAUAUGGAGCGUUUGAAAAUGGAGGAGGGGGAAGAGAUACAACUCCCAACACUUUUAUGGUGUCUGCAGACAAUGGUAAAAUCUUCCUCCUAGAGAACAACACCAUAGACAUAGGAGAGGUGGAUGUGGGGAGACGAGCCAUACAGGAUGUACCACCAGGUGUGUUUUGGAGGUCCCAGCUAUAUAUUGACCAGCCCCAGUUUUUGAAAUUCAACAUCUCCGUCCAGAAAGAUGCUCUUGUUGGGGUGUAUGGACGCAAAGGCAUACCGCCCUCACAUACACAGUAUGACUUUGUGGAGCUACUGGAUGGCAGCCGUCUUAUUUCUAAAGACAAACCAGCUCUCACUGACACUGACUCUGGACAUGGACACCCAGCUGGUUUACAUGAGAAAGAGUCUGGGGGAGGAGCCCGACACACGCGCUCAGUGAAUGUGCAUGAGGCCGGCUUCAUCCAGUACCUGGACACAGGAAUCUGGCAUCUGGCAUUUUAUAAUGACGGACGCAACACAGAACAAGUUUCUUUUAAUACUAUUGUAAUCGAAUCGAUUAUGGAGUGUCCUCAGAAUUGUCAUGGAAACGGAGAUUGUCUCUCAGGAAUAUGCCACUGUUUCCCAGGAUUUCUGGGGCCUGACUGCUCUCGAGCUGCCUGUCCAGUGCUAUGCAGUGGUAAUGGCCAGUACUCUCGUGGCCGCUGCCAGUGCUACAGCGGUUGGAAAGGCACUGAAUGUGAUGUACCUGCCAACCAGUGCAUCGACAUCCACUGUGGAGGACAUGGUAUCUGCAUUAUGGGCGCUUGCAUCUGCAACACUGGUUAUAAGGGUGAUAACUGUGAGGAAGUGGACUGCAUAGACUCCAGUUGUUCGGCCCAUGGGGUGUGUAUACAUGGAGAGUGUCACUGUCACCCAGGCUGGGGCGGAGCUAGCUGUGAGAUUGCCAAGUCCAUGUGCCCAGACCAGUGUUCAGGUCGCGGCACCUACAAUACAGAGACCAGCACUUGUACCUGUGACCAGAACUGGACGGGACCCGACUGUUCUUUAGAGGUGUGUGAAGUUGACUGUGGCAGUCAUGGUGUCUGUUAUGGUGGUGUGUGUCGGUGUGAGGAGGGCUGGACAGGAACUGUGUGUGACCAGAAGGCCUGCCACUCACUGUGCAGCAAGAACGGAGUGUGUAAGGAGGGCAAGUGUGAGUGUGACCAGGGAUGGACAGGAGAACACUGCAAUAUCGAGGGUUGUCCAGGUCUCUGCAACAACAAUGGAAGAUGCACUCUGGAAGCCAGUGGCUGGCACUGCAUCUGUCAGUCAGGAUGGCGAGGGGCUGGGUGUCAUGUGGCCAUGGAAACGCUGUGUACUGAUGGCAAGGACAACGAAGGAGAUGGCUUGGCUGAUUGUAUGGAUCCAGACUGCUGUCUGCAGCCCUCUUGUCAGAACCAGUUAUACUGCAAAGGAUCACCUGAUCCGAGGGAAGUGCUCAGCCAAUCUCCAUCUUCACUGGUUCCUCAGCAAGCUGCCAGGUCUUUUUACCAGCGUAUUCACUUCUUACUUGGUCCUGAAUCCACUCAUGUCAUCACUGGAGACAGUCCAUUUAAUAAAAGCUUGGUGUCGAUAAUUCGAGGUCAGGUGUUGACAGCUGACGGAACACCUCUGAUUGGAGUCAACGUGACAUUUGUCCAUUAUCCUGAACAUGGAUACACUGUAACACGCAAGGAUGGCAUGUUCGAUCUCUUGGCAAAUGGGGGGGCAUCCCUAACAUUGAGUUUUCAGCGGGCUCCAUUCCUCACUCAGUACAGAACUGUGUGGGUGCCUUGGAACGUAUUCUAUGUAAUGGACACACUGGUCAUGAAGAAGGAAGAGAAUGAAAUUCCGAGCUGUGACCUGAGUGGUUUCAUCAGACCCAGUCCUGUCAUUGUUGCUUCUCCUCUGUCUACUUUUUACAGAAGUACACCUGAGAAUGGCCCCAUAAUACCUGAAACACAGGUUUUACAAGAGGAAACCUCAAUACCAGGCAGUGAUCUAAACCUGAUCUAUCUGAGCUCAAGAGCUCCGGGAUAUAAACCAGUCCUCAAAGUCACCAUGACACAGACAUCAAUUCCAUUCAAUCUGAUGAAGGUUCACCUGAUGGUGGCAGUGGUGGGUCGCCUUUUCCAGAAAUGGUUUCCUGCCCAACCAAAUCUGUCCUACACCUUUAUCUGGGACAAGACAGAUGCCUAUGGCCAGCGAGUCUAUGGACUAUCUGAGGCAGUUGUGUCGGUGGGUUUUGAAUACGAGUCCUGCCUCGACCUCAUCCUAUGGGAGAAGAGAACAGCUGUUUUACAGGGCUAUGAGCUGGACGCUUCCUAUAUGGGAGGAUGGACGUUGGAUAAACACCACAUCCUGGAUGUACAAAAUGGUAUACUCUAUAAGGGCAAUGGUGAGAACAUUUUCAUUUCCCAGCAACCCCCUGUCAUCAGCAGCAUCAUGGGAAAUGGACGUCGCCGCAGCAUUUCCUGCCCCAGCUGUAAUGGGCAGGCAGAGGGUAACAAGCUGCUGGCCCCCCUGGCUCUGGCCUGUGGAGCAGAUGGCAGCACCUUUGUUGGAGACUUCAACUACAUCAGGAGGAUCUUCCCCUCUGGGAAUGUUACCAGUGUCAUGGAACUGAGAAACAAAGAUUUCAGACAUAGCAACAAUCCUGCACACCGAUACUAUCUGGCAACCGACCCGGUAACUGGGCAGCUAUAUGUGUCAGACACUAACUCACGUCGAAUCUAUCAACCCAAGAUGCUCAGCGGUGCCCGUGACCUCAUCAGUAAUGGAGAAGUAGUGGCUGGUACAGGUGAACAAUGUCCUCCAUUUGAUGAAGGACGAUGUGGAGAUGGAAGAAAAGCUACGGAGGCACAGCUACUGGGACCUAAAGGGAUUGCAGUUGACAGAAAUGGUUUGAUCUACUUUGUGGAUGGGACUAUGAUCAGGAAAGUGGAUCGUAAUGGAAUCAUCUCCACAGUGCUGGGCAGCAAUGACCUGACUUCUGCACGUCCCUUGACCUGUGAUACUAGCAUGCACAUAAGACAGGUUCGUUUAGAAUGGCCCACAGAUUUAGCCAUCAAUCCCAUGGAUAACUCCAUCUACGUCCUGGACAACAAUGUUGUGCUACAGAUCACUGAAAAUAGACAGGUUCGUAUUGUGGCAGGUCGUCCGAUGCAUUGCCAGGUGCCUGGUAUAGAAUAUACUAUGGGGAAGAGAGCAGUCCAGACCAUGCUAGAAGGAGCUACAGCUAUUGCCUUGUCAUACAGUGGCGUCCUCUACAUUGCAGAGACUGAUGAAAAGAAAAUCCACCGCAUUCGACAGGUGUCAACUGAUGGGGAAAUUACCCAUCUAGCAGGAGCACCAUCUGACUGUGACUGCAAGAACGAUGCCAACUGUGACUGCUAUCAAACAGGAGAUGGUUAUGCUAAAGAUGCAAGGCUGAAUUGUCCUUCCUCUUUAGUUGUAUCUCCGGAUGGGACACUGUAUGUUGCUGAUCUGGGAAACAUCCGGAUUCGAGCCAUACGACGUAACCAACCACCUACUGGCUCUCUGGCUUCAGGUCCGAGCUCCUAUGAAGUGGCUUCUCCAGCUUCUCAAGAGCUAUAUGUCUUUGAUGCCAAUGGGACUCAUCAGUUCACUAUGUCCCUGGUCACUGGAGACUAUAAAUACAAUUUCAGCUACAGCAACGAAGAGGAUGUAACUGCAGUGACAGACAGUAGCGGGAACACACUCCGUAUUCGUAGAGACACCAACAGGAUGCCUGUACGUGUGGUCGCCCCUGACAAUCAGGUCAUCUGGCUGACCAUUGGGACUAAUGGAGGUCUGAAGACACUCACGGCUCAGGGUCAGGAACUCAUCUUGUUUAGUUACCAUGGCAACAGUGGCUUACUGGCCACUAAAAGCAUCCAAAUAGGCUGGACGACCUUCUAUGAUUAUGACAGUGAGGGUCGUCUGACUAAUGUGACUUUCCCCACCGGCAUGGUGACCAAUCUCCAUGGUGACAUGUCAUCAGGGACUAUUGCUGUGGACAUUGAGACAUCAGGGAAAGAUGAAGAUGUUUCCAUAACAACCAACUUGUCAUCAAUUGACUCCUUCUACACUCUAGUGCAGGACCAGCUUCGUAACAGCUACCAAGUGGGUAAUGACCAUUCACUGAGGGUCAUCUAUGCCAACGGGAUGGACACACAUUAUCAGACAGAGCCCCAUAUACUAGCAGGUGCUGCUAACCCAACUGUAGCCAGACGCAACAUGACACUACCAGGAGAGAAUGGCCAAAACCUGGUGGAGUGGAGGUUCAGAAAGGAACAGACACGAGGAAAAGUCAUUGUCUUCGGGCGAAAGCUCAGGGUGAAUGGUAGGAACUUGCUGUCUGUGGAUUACGACCGCACGCUACGAACAGAGAAAAUUUAUGACGACCACAGAAAAUUCCUGCUGAAGAUCAUCUAUGAUACCCAAGGCCAUCCGACACUCUGGGUUCCCAGCAGCAAGCUACUGUCAGUUAAUCUGACAUACUCCAGUACGGGACAGGUUACAGGCCUUCAGAGAGGUCCAACCACAGAGAAGUGGGAGUAUGACAGUCAGGGAAGAAUCAUUUCCAGAGUCUUCGCUGAUGGAAAGACAUGGAGCUACACGUACUUGGAUAAGUCCAUGGUCUUGCUGCUGCACAGCCAGCACCAAUAUAUCUUUGACUAUGACUCCGGGGGCCGUUUGUCAGCGGUCACCAUGCCCAGUGUUGCUCGACAUACUAUGCAGACCAUCAGAUCCAUAGGAUACUACAGGAACAUCUACACCCCCCCAGAGAGCAAUGCCUCUGUUACUGUGGACUAUUCUGAAGAUGGACAGCUCCUCAGAGUUGCCCAUCUAGGCACUGGCCGCCGUGUACUGUACAAAUAUCGCAGACAGAACAAGCUGGCAGAGAUCCUCUAUGACUCAACAAGGGUCAGUUUCACGUAUGAUGAGACCGCUGGUGUACUCAAGACAGUCAACCUGCAGAGCGAAGGCUUCAUCUGUUCCAUUCGGUAUCGCCAAAUCGGCCCACUGGUUGACCGGCAAAUAUUCCGCUUCAGCGAGGAUGGGAUGGUGAAUGCACGAUUUGACUACACCUACGACAACAGCUUCAGAGUCACUAGCAUGCAGGCUGUAAUCAAUGAGACCCCACUGCCAAUUGAUCUCUAUCAGUUUGAUGAUAUAUCUGGGAAAGUGGAGCAGUUUGGGAAGUUUGGAGUCAUCUAUUAUGAUAUCAACCAGAUUAUCUCUACAGCAGUGAUGACUUACACCAAACACUUCGACCAGCAUGGCCGCAUUAAGGAGAUCCAGUAUGAGAUCUUCAGGUCUCUGAUGUACUGGAUCACAAUUCAGUAUGAUAACAUGGGCAGAGUCACAAAGCGUGAAAUCAAAAUCGGACCAUUUGCCAACACAACCAAGUAUGGUUACGAGUACGACGUUGAUGGACAGCUACAAACAGUCUCCCUCAAUGAGAAGAUAAUGUGGAGGUAUAAUUAUGAUCUGAAUGGUAACCUUCAUUUGCUGAACCCUGGGAAUAGUGGUCGAUUAACCCCUUUGCGCUAUGAUCUGAGGGACAGAAUCACCCGUCUGGGGGAUGUUCAGUACAGGCUGGAUGAAGACGGUUUCCUGAGACAGAGAGGAGCCGAGAUAUUUGAAUACAACUCCAAAGGUCUCCUAGUUCGUGUCUACAGUAAAGCUUCCAGCUGGACCAUACAGUACCGUUACGAUGGUUUGGGCCGGCGUGUGGCAUCUCGAAAUAGUCUAGGCCAACACCUGCAGUUCUUCUAUGCUGACCUGAACUACCCCACCAGGAUCACCCACGUCUAUAACCACUCCAGCUCUGAGAUCACAUCCUUUUAUUAUGAUCUUCAGGGCCAUGUCUUUGCUAUGGAGAUCAGCAGUGGAGAGGAGUUUUAUAUUGCAUGUGAUAACACUGGGACCCCACUGGCUGUCUUCAGCAACAAUGGACUGUUGCUUAAACAGAUGCAGUACACAGCAUAUGGCGAGGUUUACUUUGAUUCCAAUCCAGACUUUGUGCUGGUGAUUGGUUUUCACGGAGGCCUGUAUGAUCCUUUGACACGAUUGCUGCAUUUUGGAGACAGAGAUUAUGACAUUCCUGCUGGCAGGUGGACAACUCCUGACAUUAGCAUAUGGACACGUGUUGGCAAAGACCCCCAGCCCUUCAACCUCUACAUGUUUCGAGGCAACAACCCCAUCAGCAAGAUUCAUCAGGUCAAAGAAUAUGUCACAGAUAUCAAUAUCUGGUUGGUCACUUUUGGCUUCCAUCUCCACAACGCAAUCCCAGGAUUUCCCAUUCCCAAAUUUGACCUGACACAGCCAUCAUUGGAGAUGAAAAAGAGCCAGCUGUGGGAUGACCUGCCUUCUAUCUCAGGUGUCCAGCAGGAAGUAACUCGUCAGUCUCAAGCCUUCCUGUCCUUUGAGCGAAUGCCAGAAAUCCAGCUCAACCAGCGGCAUUCAGACCAUGCCAGACUUUGGCUGUGGUUCGCCACUGUCAAGUCUCUGAUUGGUAAGGGAGUGAUGCUUGCUGUGAUCCAAGGUCGUGUGGUGACCAAUGCUCUCAACAUUGCCAAUGAGGACUGCAUCAAAGUGGCUGCAAUCUUAAACAAUGCCUUUUACCUUGAGGACUUGCAUUAUACAGUGGAGGGACGAGACACACACUAUUUCAUUAAGACCAGUCUUCCUGAGAAUGACCUCAGUGCGCUACGGCUCACCUCAGGGAGGAAAUCUCUGGAAAAUGGUGUGAAUGUCACAGUGUCUCAAUCUACGACAGUGAUGAAUGGGCGAACGCGACGCUUUGCUGACGUGGAGUUGCAAUACGGGGCUCUGGUGCUUCAUGUGCGUUACGGGACCACCCUGGAUGAGGAGAAAGCACGAAUUCUGGAGCAUGCAAGGCAGAGGGCGCUCUCAAGUGCCUGGGCCCGCGAGCAGCAACGGGUGAGAGAUGGGGAGGAAGGAGUUCGGCUUUGGACGGAGGGAGAAAAAAGGCAACUGCUAAGCAGUGGGAAAGUUUUAGGUUAUGAUGGUUACUAUGUCUUGUCCAUAGAGCAGUACCCCGAGCUAGCCGACAGUGCUAAUAACAUCCAGUUCCUACGGCAGAGUGAGAUAGGGAGGAGGUAACACGGUAUCAACAAAUGCCUAAUUUUUACCCCAUUUGACUGUCAAGACUAACAAAAGGUUCAGUUUUAACACAAAAUGGAUGUCACAAACUUGAGGCUCAAAACUAGCCACUGAUGAGAACCCAUGUUUUCAAAAUUGUUUUAUUCUUAGGAUGGUUAAGUAGGAUUUAUAGACUGGUUUGAUAACAAUAUAACACUUUAUAUAACACAUCAGUUUAAGGCAACAGACCCAAAACAUGUUUUACAGUUAUGAAAAAUAUAGUCUUUAUGAGCCUGCAAAAUGGUUUCUCUUGCUGUCUUUCUGUCUUUCUUUCUUUUACUCUUUCUUGCUGUCAUUUGCCUUCAAACAGGCUGAUCACAUGCCUCUCCCCCACUCUCUGGUAGGCGGGGCUAACCUAAAUUCUAUAAUUGUGUGCUAUGUGAAACAGUGGGAUGUAGAGAUUUGUUCAAAUAGCUAACUGAGCAUUUCAGCAGUCAUUACAACUAGAUGAGCCUGCAAGCGUUUAGACUGUUGUGUAUUGUCAGAGCCAUUAAUAUAACAAAAGGUUGUAGAUCUUCAACAGACAUUGCAGGUAUCAUAUCUGUAAGGGUUCAGAUAUGACCUGUUGCCCUCUGUUACAGACCUCUAAGAGCCAUGUCAACAGGAUCUAUUGUGUCCAUGGCUUCAGCCAUCAAAUGGAACUGUUGUGGAACUGUUGUGGACUCUCUCUCUAAGAGAGAUGGGCACAAUAAAGAACUACAAUUUGUAUGAAGGGAAAAAAGACUGAUUGUCUGUUUGAAUUUUUUGUUCUGUUUUUAUAUUAUAUAAACGUGCAUUUGCUUCAGACAAGAAGGGGAUAUAAUAAUAAGAACAAAGUGUUUACAUACGAUUACAUAUACCACUAUUACUCCUGUUACUACACAGCCAUCGGAAUGGAGCGUGAUCUGGACUAAAUGAAACCAGAAAGUUGUGUUUUUUGCUGGUUUUUUUGUUUGUUUGUUUGUUUUUUACAAUAUAUCUGUUCGGUCAGUUUCGAAAACCACUCAACCUAAUCCCCUGCAGUUAAACAUGGUUCAUAUUAUAAUACAGUUUCAGACUACAAUCUACAACGAUGUUGGGGGAAGCAGGGCAACCACAGCGCCAGUGUUUAUGAUCUUAUGUACUCUUGGUGGAUCUCACAGGAAUCCGUAAAACACUGGUCCCCUGUCAACCCAAAGGUCCUUCACUUCUGCAAAAUGUGACUCAACCUCAUAAAGCAUUGACCUUGUACUUUUAUUGGUCAAAGGUAGUAGUAUUGCUUGCAACAGAAACAUGAUGUCAUGUUUUUUGUUUUUGUUUUUGUUUUUGUUUGUUUUGUUUUGUUGUUGUUGUUGUUUUUGGGGAGGGGGGUGCUAUGAGUAGUAUCCAAUUCUCUCCUUGUUUUUGCCCGUUUCUCCUUAAAAGGACAGUGCAUCAGUGAGUUCAGUGACUAACAGUAAAUGAUCAAAAAUCAAUGUGGAUGUUUUCUCAUUGAUUGUGAGUCUCUGUACUCUUUUAGAUGAGUUUUCUUUGUGUGUAUGUGUUUUUACAAGGGUGGGAAGCCAACUUUAAUCAUUUUAAAGGGAAGAACAGGAACUUUACACAGAUUGUUAAUAUCAUAUGCUACCAACCUUUCUUCAGAGACAAUUGAGAUGAGUCAAUAAUGUUUUAUGAGUUUAUCUUUUUUUAUUUUAAAGGCUGAGAAAUUCCACUUACCCGAACAUCAUAAUUAGUCUCAGAGAAAGUAAUUUAUGUACAGUGUUUCUACAGAAAAGAAUAAAAAUCCUUGAGACUA